GGAACUUCGAGUUGUGUAAAGUAAAGGGUUUCGCGUGUUUUUUCUUAGGCAUUAGCACCAUAAAAGUAAUUGGACAAAGUUCCCUCAACAUACCGUAUAAUUACCGUAUUGCGCAUAACAAUUAGUGAUAAAUUCUCAGCGUAGUGUUUGCUUGGGAUGAGAAUUUUUCACUGUUUCGUUGUACUAGAUACGUGGUCGUUUCAUAUACGCUGUUAUGAGAUCGAUAGUGCCAAAAAGUAACAAGUAGCGUACGCGUAGGAAAAAUAGUAGAUCGUAAGAACAAAGACAUAUUCAUGUUGUAGGAUAAACAAUUUUGACCCCGAUAUUUUGUUGAUUUUAUGAUAUCCAACACAAAUUUGUUGAGUUAAUCACGCUUGCCUGUAUGAUUGAAAAACUUUUGAAAAGAUGUCGGGUGUCUCUUUGGUCACCCUUUUCAUGUGAUGUAAUCUUUGAUUGUUAUUUUGUAAUCACUCGUCGUGGGUACGUAGUCGUAUCUUAUCUAGCCCAAUCGAAACAAGAAAAGUCCUCCUUGACGAAGAUGUCGGGUGUCUCUUUGGUCACCCUUUUCAUGGUCGUCAUCCAUGUCGGAGGAGUUCAUGGCGUCUAUCCAUCCGCACGUGAAUCUGAAACACGCUACGGACGCCGAUCCAAGACGCCGCCACCUUCGAAACAAGCAAAUGGUACAGGAGUUAAGCCGAAUGGCGCGGAACUUAAGGCCAGGAAGCAAUCUAUCAUAUUACCAUUUGAUAGAAAAAAAUUUCAUCGUCGUCUCGAUGCGCUUAAUGUAUCACUAGCUCUCCUCGGAUACCCAACCUCAAACUUUAUUAACUAAGAGUAAGCUCACGAGAGAGUCAAAGGGAAAUUUCAGCCGCCGGUGCUUGAAGCGCAGGGCUGAGGCGGAAGCCACUCGAAUCUAAUCUAAUCUAAUCUAUCACUAGCUCUCCUCUAAUCUAAUCAACUUUAGGAUGAUUAUUUGUGACCAGUAUGGGUUCUAGGGAAAUCAUGAAUGUACCUGUGUAGUCAGUUCUAAUCCACUCCCUUCCUCUUGGAUGCCACAACAGCAACAACGAGGUUCCUAUGCUACGACUCCUGGACUUCAUUCUCGGACUAAGUUUUCCAGUUCUGAACUACGUCUAGAAGAUCUUGAAGGAUUUCCACGAGCUAAGAUUGUUAAAGUCUUAGCUGAAAAGGCUGAAACCAGUGGUGCAAGCGCUAUUCAAGAAGGUGGACGACAGGAACACAAGCAAGCUAGCAGCCCUCGAAGACGUAUUACAAGGAAAUCUUCGCCUCCUCCCGGUUCGAGUCGUGCUGUUGGAGGAUCUGCAUCAGCUCAACCGGCUUUGUCCUCGUCUCUGUUUGUUAAGAGCGCCCUUGAAGACGCUCUUUCCAAUGGUACGGGUGCUCCGUCUACGCCUGGUUCCUCUACAUCGCCUACGCCUGGCUUAUGGACAAGAGCGCCUACAGGAGAGAUUCGGUCUCGGUCUCUUGAACAGACGAAACUUGUUGCUUCCCGUCCAGCAAUGCAGAGUCUCUCACCGAGAGUGACGAAGAGAGCACGGCACCUGUUGGUUUCGGAGCAAAGAAGUGGAGCUAGCUCGGAUGAACAAGUUGUAAAUAAUCUGGAUCGCUUGUUUGGUCAAAACGAGGAACGACCAGGUGAUGGACUGUUGAGCUCCGAUAACGAAAAUACUUCACUCAUCAAUGCGGCACUGAAUAUCGUUUCCAGCUCAUCUUCCUCCACCAAUGUUGUUGAGGCCUCAAGAGAACCAGAGAACCGCGUGACAUCUUCUGCAAACUUGGCGCAUAAUGUGUCUGAUCACGGAGCACAGCAAGGUCAAAGUGUUGGAGCCAACACUCCAGAACUACUUGAAGUGCUGCAUGUUGAACCUCAGGCCCCCCGGUGGGAUGUGAGGGCAGAUCCGUGGAAACUUGGGCUGCGAAAGGAAGCCGCACAGAAUCCAGAAUCUAGUGGAGGACAGGUUUCGCUUCCGGCGAGGAAAGAUGGAAAGAUAAACUUGCCAAAGCUAUUCGAGAACAUCCGCCAAGGCAGAAUCGUAGAUGUUGACGGGGAUACGGUCAUGGGAAGCACGCUUCAGCACAAAGAGUUUGCCGAGAGAGCGCUUCUUAAAGCAGCGCUAGAUGCAGCGAGUUCCGCGCCUUCCACUCCUGCAUCUGUAGCGCCUUCGACUCCACCGCAGACGACCGCUCGCGGAGGAGAUGUUUCUGAUGCCGUUGCUGAGGCAUCAGAUGGCGUUGAUGGGAUCACGUUCAGUGCUGUUGAACAAGGGCAUAAUCCUUCUGCUUUUGGUACUGGUACGACUCGGAUGGAGCAAAUUAGCGAGUAUCCACAUCCAUCUUCAGGAUUAGGAGACAGCACCAGCAAUGGGACAACAACAGCCGGGAACGCAUCUUCUGCGCAAGAAAUGUCAACAGCACCAAGCGCUCCUGAGACCAAUGUCAAUUAUGCCAUCAACUACGCAGAUGCUGGCGAUGGCACCGAUAGCGCUCCGCCUCCUCCUGUACCUGGAAGGUCUGACGUGCCACAUUUCGAGGCUCUACUUCGGUUGGAUGGAUGUAGUGCUUGCUGUUUCAGUAUGUUGGAUCAGCAAGAGUCAGCGAUGCAGUUGCUAGUUACUCCUCAAAGUACACGUGCUUAUUCAAUAGGAGGAUUAGAAACAGCGAUUUCGACUCCAGGAAGCUCCCGGAGUGCCUUUAGUUGCUGUGUGGGAAGUGCUACUAGAGCUGAGCAUGGGACGCCAAUCUUGACGCCGUCUUCUUGCAGUAGCGCGUCUCCUUCGACGACGAUAAGGAUGAAAGCAGGAGGAAGUUGUUGUAAGCUGGCAGUUGUUUGUGGUUCUGAUGCAGAUGCUGGCACAAGAACACCAACAGGCUGUACGGGAGAAAUGAUUUCGAAUGCCCCUGGUGCUGCUAGUGCUACAGGACAGACCAGUUUUCCGAUGGCUGGUCCGACAGGUACGCAGUGUACCCGACCAUGCCUCGUUAUACCCCCUCUACAACUUCCUUGUGGAGGACAUGAGGGCUUGCUUAAAGCUCCUGCUUCCGAUCAACCUUCUUCCGCUUCAUCCCCUGCAUCAUCCUCUUCAUCCCCUGCAUCAUCCUCGACUCUCCUAGCAAUGUCCGGAAGUGAGCGGCAGCUGUCCUCUGGUGGUGCCACGUCUCUGGAUAGUGUCAACGUGGAACGCCAGGGUAACGGAGGGCUGGAAGACAACCAUAUCAGCAAGUGCGAAUUCAUUUGCAUGGCUCCCGACUCAGCGAGAAGUUCUGCCAGUCAGAAAGACAAAUGGUACUCAUGGACUGGUGAUUUUGGAUGGUACAUGAACAACGGCGACUUGAUGUUGCCUCUGGGCUUAUCUUCGAGUGCCGGUGCUGGAGCGUCCGGAAGCUGUGGAGCAUCCGGAAGCUGUGCUGUACCUGGAGUACCUAUCGUGCCACAUUGUAGUACGCCUGAUCAUGACCACUGUCUGAUGCACUGUCACUUCCCUGAUCACGGGGUGUGCUUGGACGGAUCCGCAGACACAACUAAUAUGGCUGGACAUGGUCAAACACCAGGUCGUAAAGAACAAGCGUGCGCACACUGCGCAUCUUUAGUACAGCUGAUGCUGCAGCUGAAACAAAAAUGUGAACAUUUGGAAGGUCGAUGUGAGAUCCUGGAGCAACAAUGCGCGGACUACGAUCUACAAUGGCGAACGACAGCUUUGAAUUUGGGUGGUUCUAAGAGUGAUAAUCAUAAUGGGCAGACUGGUGCAUCACCGAACGAUGGUACUAAUGCAAAGGUGGCUCCACCUUCCGUUCUUAAGGCACUUGCGUCGAUGAAGAAAGCUCCACCUGGGAAACCGCCACCGUCAAAGUAUGGUUCUAAAGCAGCCCGACCUAGUGAAGUGCCACCGCCUAAGAACGCUAGUGGUAAG